GGUAGGAAAGAGUGGGAGAUAAGUUUGGAUUCGGCCACUGCUGUAGAGCAAGUCUGAGAUUGGUCUCAACGUUUCUAGUGAAUUUUGUAAGAUACCUACCCUAACCUAUUGUAUAUAGGUUAUGUUUAAUCAUGACGUAUCGUUCAAGUUUCAUACUUUACCAUAAAUACAGAAAUGUUCUGCUUCAAGAAAGCAGAAGAUAUGCGGGACAUAGUAAAUGGCAAAACAUUAAGCAUAUCAAAGGAGAAAAUGAUGCUGAGAAAUCAAGAAUCUUCCGUGCGUUAACUAUUAAGAUGAAAGUUGCGGUACUAGAAACUGGAAAUACAGACCCUAGUACUAAUCCAAAAUUAUCAAACAUUGUGGAUCAAGCUAAGAAAGCUAAUAUGCCUGGGGCAACUUUGAAAGCAGCUCUAGAUAGACUAAAGAAUCAGAAACAAAAUGCUAAACCUGAGAUGUUCAUAGUACGUUGUCCUGGUGGUGCUAUGCUUGUUUUACAAGUUGUUACAACUAAUAUAACUAUAACCAAAGGAAACAUUUCUGCUAAAUUGAAAAAACAUAAUUGUACAUUCGCAGAUGCUGCAGCAUUGGGGGGGUUUGAUUAUAUAUGUAACAUUACAACUUCAAAAGAUUGUAAUGCAGAUCAAGCAAUGGAGGAUGCAAUAAAAAUAAAUGCUCAAGAUAUGGAAGAAGUCAUAGAGGAUGAUAAGCCACUUUUUAUGUUUAAAUGUGAGUUUGGUAACUCUGCAAGAUAUGUAUCUCAGCUAAGAAAUAUGGGGUACUCCAUAAUAUCAAUAGAAGAUACAUGUUUGCCUAAAUCUGAAGUUGAAUUGAGUGAAUCAGAUUUGAAAAAUGUUAAUGCACUCAAAGAAAAACUUUUCACUCUUGAUGAAGUUGACAAGAUAGAAGAUAAUAUAUUAGAACCUUAAAUUACAAUGAAAUACUAUGAAUGUAUUAGAAAAAAUAUACUUCACAAAUAAUUA